AUGUUGAGCCAAUUAGUCCGACCACUGGCAUGGCUGGCUUUGGCGACCAUCACAGUGGCCCAAUCUUCCAGAGCAAUUCCCACGAGAUCUGAUGUAGACUCGUCAUCGACGGCAACUUCAACCUCAACCGGUAUCACGACUCAUACAAUCCAGGCUGGACCGAAGUCAGAUCCACAUCAGUUUUCUCCAACCAGUAUAAAGGCCAAGGUGGGCGAUAUUGUCGUCUUUGAAUUUUACCCAACAAACCAUUCCGUCGUACAAGCAGAAUAUCUCGCUCCUUGUGUACCAGCAAGCGGGAAUAUAUUUUAUUCGGAACCCUUCGCAGAUUUCAAUCUGCAUGAUGGACAACUCGUCGGCCCGCCCCCGACUUGGUCCUUGAGAGUCAACAACACCGAGCCGACAUUCUUCUAUUGCACCGCAGUAGAUUCAUGCAUCAAGAAUGGGAUGGUUGGAGUGAUAAACCCGAAUUCAACCCAGACAUGGCAAACGCAAUACGCAAAAGCUCUGAAAUACCCAUACAUGCUAGUCCCAGGGCAGGCCGCGCCCCCCGAAGGUGAAACUCCAGGAAGCGGCGACGGCGAUGAUGAAAAAGGCGGCGAUGGUAAGCAUGGGCUUAGUACGGGGGCCAUUGCAGGCAUCGCCGUUGCAGCUGUAGUCUUCGUGGCCUUACUGGUGGCAUUGUUCUUCGUUCUCGGCCGCAACCGUGUGUACUCGCAGUGGAUGUCGUCGGAAGAUGGGCGCACGGAACGUACCGCGCGCUGGGCUAUGUUCAAUCACGGCGAUGGCGGGAAAAGCGAUAUCGCAAGUACUGUACCUAGCCACAAACCAGGCCAUAUCGACAUGACCGCCGUGUCUAGUCCAGAUCCGACUGUGCGCACAUUGUCACCUGGGGUGGAAGUUCAUCCUCCUCACGGUUCGCCGUCUGCCCAGCAGGGCCACUGGAGCUGGAAUGAGCCUCAGCCUCAGCCUCAGCCCCAGCCCCAGCCUUACCCACGUGCCCACACAAGUGUGGUAGCCACAGAGCUAGAGGGUCAUCCUAUGAUUUGGGAGGCACCAGGAAGCACACCGGGGCAACGGUUCUGA